GCCCUGGGUUACCUGGGACUCCACGGCUGUGUGACCUUCGAGGACGUGUUCGUGUACUUCUCCCGGGAGGAGUGGGGGCUUCUGGACGAGGCUCAGCGGCGCCUGUACCGGGACGUGAUGCUGGAGAACUUCGCCCUCGUGUCCUCCCUGGGUUGCUGGCGCGACGCUGACCCUGAGGCGGCCCCUUCCGAGCUGAGCGCUUCUGCAGACGCGUCGCAGGACAGGAUGCCCGAUCCAGGUCCACGUACCCAGCCAGCCCUCCCGUGGGAGGCGUGGGAACCGCUCCGGAAAGACGCUGUGCCCCCGGGCGGUCUCCAGGGGUCGCACGCCAUGCGGGAGCCGUGCACACGUGGCCCCGGCGGGAGAGGACCCUCGGGCCGUGCAGACUCUGCCCAGCACGAGGAGCAGCACAGUGCAGAGCGCCCCCGCGGCGGGGACGAUGGUGGGGCCUCGGGGAAGAGCUGUGCCGCCCCCACGUUCGGGAGGCCCUGUCCCUGCAGGGAGGGUGGGAUGGGCCUGCUGGGCAGCUCCGGCCUCUCCCGGCACCGGCCCGCUCACUGUGGGCUGAGCCCACGCAAGGGGACUGGGCUCUCGGACUCUUCCCCACACGGUGCCAGCCCCGGGCACCACCAGGGGCACCAGGAGGCACGGGCGCUCUUCAGCCGCCGUGACGACGGGGACGCCUUCCUGAGCACCUUCCCGCCGCCGGACAGGCGGGUGACUCACACGGAAGGGGGGCCCGCCGGCUGCCCGCCCCGCGGAAGUGUGUCCCAGGAGAAAGCGGCUCUCAUUUCCCCCCGGAACACUCCCAGCGGGACAGCACCUGUGUGUGAGGAGUGUGGGGAGGCCUUCGAGCACCUGUCCCACCUAAAGGCGCACCGGACACUGCACCCCGGGCAAAGGCACUACCCGUGCGGCGACUGCGGCAAGGCCUUCAGCCGCAAAGACACGCUGGUCCAGCACCGGAGGGUGCACACUGGCGAGCGGUCCUUCGACUGCAGCGAGUGCGGCAAGGCCUACAGCAGGAGCUCCCACCUGCUCCAGCACCAGCGCGUCCACACCGGGGAGCGGCCGUACCGGUGCGGCGAGUGCGGGAAGGCCUUCAGCCGCAAGGACACCCUGGCCCAGCACCAGAGGUUUCACUCCGGGGAGCGGCCGUACGAGUGCAGCGAGUGCGGGAAGUUCUUCAGCCAGAGCUCCCACCUGAUCGAGCACUGGAGGAUCCACACCGGGGCCCGGCCCUACGAGUGCAUCGAGUGCGGCAAGUUCUUCAGCCACAACUCCAGCCUCAUCAAACACCGGAGAGUCCACUCAGGAGCCAGGGCCCACGUGUGCAGCAAGUGCGGGAAGGCUUUCGGCUGCAAAGACACCCUGGUCCAGCACCAGGUCGUCCACACCGGGGCCCGGCCGUACGCGUGCGGCGAGUGCGGGAAGGCCUUCAGCCGCAAGGACACCCUGGCCCAGCACCAGAAGAUCCACACCGGGGAGCGGCCCUACGAGUGCGGCGAGUGCGGCAAGUUCUUCAGCCACAGCUCCAACCUGAUCGUGCACCAGAGAACCCACACCGGAGCGAAGCCUUACGCGUGCGGCGAGUGUGGGAAGUGCUUCAGCCACAACUCCAGCCUCAUCCUGCACCAGCGGGUCCACUCGGGCGCGAGGCCGUACGUGUGCGGCGAGUGUGGCAAAGCCUACAUCAGCAGCUCCCACCUGGUCCAGCACAAGAAGGUGCACACGGGAGCGAGGCCUUACGCGUGCGGCGAGUGUGGGAAGUUCUUUAGCCGCAACUCCAGCCUCAUCCUGCACCAGCGGGUUCACACUGGAGAAAAGCCUUACGUGUGUGGCGAGUGUGGGAAGGCCUACAGCAGGAGCUCCCACCUGGCUCGGCACCAGAAGGUUCACGCUGGAGCGAGGCCUCACGACCGCGGCAGUUUCGGGGGCCCUUUGGCUGCGUCGCUGAGACUGCUGUAGCCCCAGGAGGCCCACACUCAGGAAGGGCCUGUGACUCGGGGUAUGAGCCUCUCCGUGUUCGUCCUCAGCCUCACACCGGAGGGAGCUCUGUGAGCACCUGGCCCCGAGGGAGCACGGCCUGCAGGCGAGCCUCGUACAGGCGUGCGCCCGCCUGGGACACUCCCCGUGAAUGCCGUGAGCUGGGAGUCUUCAUGAGCGACGCUGCACUUUCCGAGCUGCCUAGAGCUCCUGACGGUUUUGUCAGUGCCAGUGCCUUUGGCAGAAGCCAUCGCUGCCUCCAGCUGUGGGUCCCCCUGCGUGUCAAUCACUCCAGUAGCUCAGGGAAGGCAGACCCUGCACACGCGCCAUUCCCUGGCGGGGAUCUGCGUGCUCGAGCCAUGGACGGUCCUCACUUCCCCUGACGGGUUCUGAGAGGACGUGGUCGAGCUCUGGCCACAGGAUCUGAGCGGGAGUCUGCUGGGCAUUCCCACACAGGCUUCCCUUCAAGCAGCCUGGACUCUAAGUCAUUGGUCCUCUUCCAAUCCCCCACCGGUGGAACUGCUGCCCCGCGGCUCCGGUCCGCUGCGGUGCAGGCCUGCAGGGCGUCAUGGCGGCUCCCUGUGGGACAUCGAUUGAGAGGAGGCUGGGUUCUGCCAACACGAAGGGAGGAACACCUUCGUUGGCACCAACUUCAUGUGCCUGAGAAGGGACAGCAGGAGGGCAGAGGACAGGCCUCAGUCCAGUUGGGCCUGGUCUGCAUUCCUGUCCGAGGCUUGCGGGGAACGACUGAGACCGUGGUGUGCCUGAUCCUGCGGCCUGGACGCCCAGGCUCUCUGGAGGCCAGAGUUCGUGCUGAGAAACCGCCAGCACUUCUGGAAACACCGUGAGCCGGGUCCCCUUUCGUAGGAGACGUCCCAUCCUCCCCGGCACGUGUGGGGGCUUUCUGUCCCCUGGAUCUACGGGAGCCAGUACCUGGUGUCCAGGAUCCGUGGGCAGGUGUCAGCGCCUGGAAGGCCUGCAGGGCAAGGUGCGAGUCAUGCUUUGUGUAGCAAUACUUAGACCACGGCGCCAGGCUGACUGGAAAUGAGAGGUUGUGUGUCUGUUAUAAAGGGGUCGUCUACAAGUGCCCGUGUCGGAGGAGAGGGUACAGAAGUUCUCGGGACCCUCAGACGUCUGCAUCUCCUGUGGCCACGGCCGCUGUCGGGGUAAAGGUUCGUGGGUUCCUCCUCCCGGGGCUGCUGAAGGCAUGGCCAUCACUGCACCAGCGCUGACGAGGGCAGCCCCGGGAGAGGGCACAGGAUGCCCGUGUGUGACGUGGAAACGAAUGGACUUCAUUCCUCGCUUCAGGGCUCCCCUUUAAAUCACGGGGCGAGGGAUACGGUAGCACCAGACCAGCUGGCAGAUGUGACCUGGCAAGAGGAGGGCGAAUACGUGUGUUUUCUAUCGACGUGUGAUUGACAUGCAAAGACUGCACAUACAAAGAGUGUGACAUGUUUGGCACGUGUACACGCCUGAGGAGCCAUGACCGGAAUCACGACAGUGAACGUGUCCAGCAAAGCACAAGGGGCUCCUUUAGGGCCCUUUCCUCCCAGUCCUUUCAAACCCCUUCCCCACAAUAUGCAAACAGCAGCAAGCAUUUUCUAGAUUUUUAUGCUUCCUGGGGAGGGGGGCCCUGGCUUUUUUCAUUAAUCAUAAUUGUUUUCAGAUUAACCCAUCCCGUUACAUGUACCAAUGGUUUAUUCAUUUGUAUUGUUGGGUGCUGUUCCAUUGUACGGAGAUACUGCAGCUUUCUGUCCACUCAGCUGUUAGUGGCUAUUUGGGUUGCUUCCAGUUUGGGGCUAUUACCAAUAAAGCUGCUGUGAAUACC